UGGCAGAAGAAGAAGAAGAAGAAGAAGAAGAAGCUGUCAACCCGGCUCAACCAAUGAAUGGAGACUGGGAGGAAACAUUGCUCGACAGUUUUCUUCCUACAUUGAUCUCUCUUUCUAAACGCCUUUGCUUUAGUAAAUAGCAUGAAGUAGAAGCCGGGUAUGUUUUUUUAACCCCCCCCUCCAUUGUUUCUUGAGCUUGUCAAACCAGACCGACCACCAGCUACCCCUCCUCUCGGCGGGUCGCUCCGAGGUUACUUUCGGGCGUUUGUUCCUGUUGUGUCUUUCUGGUUGUGGUCCGACCGGCGGGAGACGCUGCAGAGAUGUCCGACAAUGGUGGCACAGCUGUCGGCCUCCUGUCUUACGAGACGCUGGUUCAUGCUGUGGCAGGUGCAAUGGGGAGUGUGACAGCGAUGAGCGUUUUCUUCCCUUUGGACACAGCCAAAAGCAGACUGCAGGUGGAUGAGAAGCGAAAGUCUAACUCGACCCCGGUCAUUCUGGCGGAGAUAGCAAAGGAAGAAGGCCUUCUGUCUCUGUACAGAGGCUGGUUACCCGUCAUCUCCAGUCUCUGCUGCUCCAACUUUGUCUACUUCUACACCUUUAACACGCUCAAGAGGCUGAAUGCAGCGGGACAGAUCAAGUCCAGACCUGGCAGAGACCUGCUCAUGGGGGUCGCAGCAGGGGUGGUGAACGUGCUCCUGACCACGCCCAUGUGGGUGGUCAACACCCGACUGAAGCUGCAGGGGGCCAAGUUCAGAAACGAAGACCUCCAGCAGACCCACUACAGAGGCAUAUUUGACGCUUUCUCACAGAUCAUAUCCAAGGAGGGUCUAGGAACACUGUGGAACGGCACUCUGCCCUCCCUCAUCCUCGUCCUCAACCCGGCUGUACAGUUCAUGAUUUACGAGGGCAUGAAGAGGAGGGCGGGCAGAGGAGGGAAAAAGAUUUCCUCAGCAGAGAUCUUUCUCAUUGGAGCCAUCGCCAAGGCCAUCGCCACCACAGCAACAUAUCCUCUUCAGACGGUCCAGGCCAUCCUGAGGUUCGGACAGUACAAAGGUGACGGCAAAGGCGGCGUUAUCGGAAGCCUCUCGAGCAUUUUCUCUCUGCUCAUGGACAGAAUCAGGAGGUAUGGGGCCCUUGGUUUGUACAAAGGCCUGGAGGCAAAGCUGCUGCAGACGGUGCUGACGGCUGCACUCAUGUUUGUCGUGUAUGAGAAGAUCACGACUGCUACCUUCAAAGUCAUGGGCCUGAACAAGAAACUGAAGCACUGAAGGAGUUGAGAACAGCACUAAGUACAUUUGUCUUCAGCAGGUAAAAAAGAAAAGAGAAUGCCACUUUGUUUGUGUCACAAGCGUUGACACAGCGUUAAUAAGAGAUGGGAUUGGUGCCUUUAAAUAGCCACAGAUUCCCACACUCACCCCAAACAUGCAGCAGAACCAGGUCAGCGUGUAAUGCCUCUAAUGCCCUGUUUUUUCUUAACCUUUUGUUUGGUUCUUUAAGUUCAGAGUGACCUUAAUAUUUAUCCGCCGGGAAUUCUGUGGAGAUUGUCCCAAGCACCAGCUCUAAACUGGUUUGAUUUUUGGAGGUAGAGGAAAGAAAAUGUGUUUCACAGAGUCCAAUGAGGCUGUGAAAAUGUAAUUAACCCUCAUUUCAGCUGAAAUCCCAGACAUGUGAAGUUUGAAAGCAGAACUGAAGGGGCUCCAUUUUGAAUGAAAUGGAUAAUAUCGGAGGCAAAUUAAUAUAGGAGUUCUUUAAAUUUGAACUAAUGUUGUAAC